AUGACUGUUCAAGACUUUAUCAACGGUGUUUCUGCUGGGAAAGUGAAGAGCGUGGCUAUUAUUGGUGGUGGUCCAAGUGGUGCAAUUACACUUGAUGCUCUUGUGAGAGAAGGUGGAUUUGAGAAGAUCAAGGUAUUUGAAAGAAGCUCAGAGCUAGGAGGUGUCUGGUCACUAUCAAAGAAUAAAGAAGAAGGUAAAUAUGUGGUACCGGUUGCACCUGGCUCAACUAUAGACCAAUUAGAUCCACAAUUAGAUAUCCCAGAAAUUGGAGAUAAAAAAACUCACAAGUCCAAAAGAUCAGAACAAAUCAGAUUUACAGAGAGUGCAGGUUAUAAAGGGUUAAGAACCAAUGUUCCAGAGCAGUUGAUGUGCUUUUCAGAUGUGAAAGAUUGGGGAGUUGAUGCUAAACACAGAAUUGAAAAAAAUUAUGUCUUUAUAGAAUCGGUAAGACAAUAUAUUCAAAACUAUUAUGAUCGUCAUCCAAAGGAUCAUAUUAUAUUGAGAACUAGUGUGGAAAAUGUUUCAAAAGAUUAUGCAAAUCCAAAUGCAAAGUUUGUACUCACAUUGAGAAGAGAAACUGAUGAAAAGGACGAUGUAGGAAAUUAUCUAGAUGAAUGGUAUGAAGAAGAAUUUGAUGCUGUGGUUAUAGCUACAGGUCAUUAUCAUAUCCCAAUAAUACCCAAAGUCCCAGGUUUGGAAAAAGUGUUUGCUAAAAGUCCAGAAAAAAUUAUACACUCCAAGUAUUUCAAACCUAGGGUUCAUACGUUUGAUAAUGAAACAGUAGUUGUUGUUGGUGGUAGAAUCUCAGGUUUUGAUAUUGCAACAUCAUUAGCUAAAACAAGUAAAACAAUAUAUCAUUCCAAGAAGGUUAUACCAGAAGUUAAACAAAGAAGUGAUGGAUUUGAAAAUAUCAUUGAAAAACCAAUAAUCAAGAAAGUUGAGAUCCAUGAUAAUGAUAAAAUCACUGUACAUUUUGAAGAUGGUACUAUUGUGGAAAAUGUUGAUAGAUUUAUAUACGGUACUGGUUAUCAUUUAUCUUUCCCAUUCAUGAACAAAUCAUAUCCAGGUUUCACUACUGGGAAUAUACUUCCAGAUUUUUAUGAACAUACUUUUUAUGCAAAAGAUCCAUUGAUUUCAUUAGUGGGGAUUCCAAUCCAAGCCAUUACAUUUAGAGUAUUUGAAUAUCAAGCUAUAUGGGUUGCAAGAUUUCUUUCUGGUAAGAUUAAACUUCCAUCGUUAGAAGAACAAAUCAAAUGGAUUUUAGCUAGAUAUCAUGCAUUAGGUAACCAUCAACAAUAUCAUUCAUUUGCAGAUGAUAAAUUUGAAUGGCCUUUAAAAGUUAUUGAACUUGCAGGUGGUGUUAAACUUGGAUCAGGUCGUGAAUUUCCUAUAUAUACAGAAGAAGAUAAAGAAUUACAUGCACAAAUUUUGAAAAGAUUUGCAGAAGAACAGCAUUUUUUCUUAGAUCCAACAAAACAAUAUUUUUGA